UCCGCCUCUAGCCACCGCCCUCAACCUCCCACACCCUUGCCGGCCCUGCCUUUCCUCGCGUCUCUCCGCCCCGGCCGCUGAGUUCGGGUGUAGAACGCAAUCCGCGUUCGGAGCCAGGCCUCGCCACUCCGCGGGCCGCUGCCUCUCGGCUAAAACCGGGCGCGUGGGCCGCCGCCGCUCCGGCCGUGGAGCUCCUGGGCGGGCAGUGCCGCUAGGCCCUGCCCCAAGGACACCUGUGGAAGAAUACAUGUUCACUUUUAGUGAACAAGAGCAUGUUCCCAAACUCAAUUUUGGGUCGCCCACCUUUCACUCCAAACCAUCAACAACAUAACUUCUUUGCCCUAUCACCAACUCUUUAUUCACACCAGCAGCUUAUAGAUGCACAGUUCAACUUUCAGAAUGCAGACUUAUCUAGAGCUGUGUCAUUACAGCAGUUGACAUAUGGAAAUGUCAGUCCAAUUUCCCCAUUGUAUCGAGGAAGGAAGAGAUUAAGCGAUGAAAAAAACCUUCCUCUUGACGGUAAACGGCAACGUUUCCAUUCACCCCACCAAGAGCCAACUAUAAUUAACCACCUAGUGCCUUUAUCAGGUGAUAGAAGAUACUCAAUGCCUCCGUUGUUUCAUACAAACUAUGUACCAGAUAUAGUCAGAUGUGUUCCACCUUUUCGAGAACUACCAAUUUUAGAACCUAGAGAAAUCACACUGCCUGAGGCCAAAGAUAAGUUGAGUCAGCAGAUACUGGAGUUAUUUGAAGCAUGUCAGCAGCAAGUAAGUGACUUAAAGAAGAAAGAACUUUGUAGAGCACAACUGCAGAGAGAAAUUCAGCUAUUAUUUCCACAAAGCAGACUUUUUUUGGUUGGGUCCUCUUUAAAUGGAUUUGGUACCCGGAGCAGUGAUGGUGAUUUAUGUCUAGUUGUUAAAGACGAACCAUGUUUUUUUCAGGUAAAUCAGAAGACUGAAGCACGGCAUAUACUCACCUUAGUCCAUAAACACUUCUGUACUAGACUUUCUGGCUACAUUGAGAGACCUCAGCUGAUUCGAGCAAAAGUGCCAAUUGUGAAGUUCAGGGAUAAAGUCAGUUGUGUGGAAUUCGACUUGAAUGUAAACAAUAUUGUUGGAAUAAGAAACACAUUCCUUCUCCGAACUUAUGCAUAUCUUGAAAAUCGAGUUCGUCCAUUAGUACUGGUGAUUAAGAAGUGGGCAAGUCACCAUGAUAUAAAUGAUGCCAGUCGUGGUACUUUAAGCAGCUAUAGUCUUGUAUUGAUGGUUUUGCACUACUUACAAACCCUACCUGAACCCAUCCUUCCAUCCAUCCAAAAAAUAUACCCAGAAUCUUUUAGUCCUGCUAUACAACUGCACCUUGUACAUCAAGUUCCAUGUAAUGUUCCUCCUUACCUCUCAAAGAAUGAAUCAAAUCUUGGGGACCUCUUACUGGGCUUUCUUAAGUAUUAUGCUACGGAAUUUGACUGGAACAGUCAAAUGAUUUCAGUUCGUGAAGCCAAAGCCAUUCCCAGGCCUGAUGGUAUUGAAUGGAGAAAUAAAUACAUCUGUGUAGAAGAACCUUUUGAUGGAACAAAUACUGCCAGAGCUGUACAUGAAAAGCAGAAGUUUGACAUGAUAAAGGAUCAAUUUUUAAAGUCAUGGCACAGAUUGAGAAACAAAAAAGAUUUGAACAGUAUACUACCUUUAAGAGCUGCUGUCCUGAAAAGAUGACUGGCCUCUAUUACUUAAUAAAUUCUUCUGAUAAAUAAAGAACAAUAGUAAUACCAUAAUGCAUUUUGUUUACCUCCAUCAUAGUUUCUUUUCAUUGUUCUUGUUUUCAUGUUUUAUUUUUAAGAGGACAUACUUAUAUAAAGAUUGCAUAUUUUAUUAUAACAUUUCCUAAUAAAACCCUUUGAUUUAGAGAUGUAUUUUUGAAAAUGUUUACAUUGAUGAUUAGUGAUAUUAUGGCAUGAAUUUUCAGGUGAUCAGAUAAAAUAUUUUUGGGGAGACUAUCUGAACAAAUAAAAGGUUUUUGAUAUAACUUCAGUUAAUUGUACCACAUGCUAAUACUGAAAAGAUUUGUGGAAUUUUGGAAAGUAUAAUCUUCAGUAGAUAGUUUAUUGCCUGUCUGGUCUAGUAAAGUGAAGAGUCAAGUCAAUUAUUCAGUUACUUGAAGCAAAAUGAAAUCUUUUAUUUCAAUGAAAUCACUGCAGAGGCAUGAAAUACUGGACAGUUGCCUUAAGUCUUCGCUUGAUUCCAGGAUAGAGGCUGUAUGUGUCUGUAUUAGCAUUUCAUUAGUACCUCAGAUGCUUUUGAUGUACUCGAGAUUGCUUUCAAUUUUUUGUGACAACAGUACAUUUUGCACUGUAGUAAUAUGAGCACUAACUCUGUAUUGAACAGCAGUUAGUGAAUUGUUUUUAAAAAAUAAAUUCGUUGUAGACAUUUUGAAAAGAUCAAGUCCCUUAUGCUUUAUAGUAGCUUAGUGCAAUAUGCAUUUUAGCUUUACUUCCCAUUUUGUGCUUUUAUUUUCCAUGUGACAUGAAACAACAGAAACUGAAAGGUCAAAGUUGAGAUUAUUACCUAUUGAUCAUAUCAGAUUUUUUUCUGUGUGCAAUUAUAGGAUUGUAAUCAACUGGAAUUUUUAGGCAGUAAGUCCCUAAUACAAUGUUUUAGGGUAAGACAUAAAAUCAUUAUAAAUAAAAGCUCAGUGUUUGUAAAGAUACUUUUUUAGUGUUUCUUUUUCACAUGAAGAAGUAUGGUGGCUGCUGAAAAAGCUACAGUGUUUAUUAAGGUUGUUUGGGGUUGUGUAAAUAUUUGUAAAGUGGUUAAUGCCUGUACAUUUAAAUAUGAAAAGUAACCUUGGAAAUAGUUUUAACUUUUUCAAAAGGACUCUGUACAACUUCUUUUAGACCUGCUGUAGCACAGUUUGUACCUCUAAUAUAUUUGGGGGUUUUCUUUUUUGUUUUGUUUUUUGCAAACCAAUCCAAAUGCUAAGACUUGCUUUUCUUUGACUUGUAAAAGGUGCAUAUUUUCAUUUUCUUCUUUAUGUUUAAAGUUUUGUAUUAUGUCAAAUGCAAUAAAGUUUAUAUAUGGAAAUUGUU